AGCGGGAAGCGGCGCGGGGUCCCUGGAAGCGACCGGGGAAGCCUCCUGAGCCCCGGGGAGAAUUUUUUGAUGGCUUCUUGUUUGAAGAAUCUCCAGCUGCUCUGAUGAUAGCCUAAGAAGACUACAUGCUGUUCGCUCUUAAUGCCCAGCCAGGCCCACUCAGAACCUCAGAUCUCUGUCCUUAAUGGAGACGGGGCCCCAGCAGGAAUGGCAGUGCAGGAAAUUGGCACCCAGAUGGUUCCUCCACGUGAAGUCGUCUCAGGCUGUGGGCUGACUAGAGAACACCUGGUAGCCAGGUUAGCCUGCCGUCAGUCACCCAGGGCAGGGCAGCAUGGUGUGGAUUCAGAGGAGGAAGGUUUUGGCAUCUUGCCUGUGCAUCACGGCUGCCGUCUUUCUGCUUGUCACACUCCAGGUAGUGGUUGAGCUGGGGAAAUUCGAAAGGAAGAAGUUUAAAAAUUCCCGUUUACAAGAUGGACAUUCAGAAAUGGAGGAAGUACCGCAACGUCUCCAUUCGUUCCUUACGAAAGAAGCGCUGGUCUGGAACAGGCUAAAACCCUUGGAAAGCGCUGGCUAUCCCGUCAUGCUGUGGUGGUCCCCGCUGACCGGGGAGACUGGAAGGUUGGGCCAGUGUGGAGCCGACGCUUGUUUCUUCACCAUCAACCGGACCUACCUGCACCACGACAGGACCAAAGCCUUCCUCUUCUAUGGUACUGACUUUAACAUAGAUAGCUUACCUCUACCUAGAAAAGCCCAUCAUGACUGGGCCCUUUUUCAUGAAGAGUCCCCGAAAAACAAUUACAAACUCUUCCACAAGCCGGUCAUCACCUUGUUCAACUACACGGCCACCUUCAGCAGACACUCCCACUUGCCACUAACCACCCAGUACUUGGAGGGCAUAGAAGUCCUGAAGUCACGCCGCUACCUGGUUCCUCUGCAGUCCAAAAACAACCUUAGGAAAAGACUUGCCCCUCUGGUGUACGUACAGUCGGACUGUGACCCACCCUCAGAUAGGGACAGCUAUGUCCGCGAGCUGAUGACUUACAUAGAGGUUGACUCCUACGGUGACUGUUUACGCAACAAAGACCUCCCUCCUCAGCUGAAAGGUCCGGUCUCCAUGGAUGCUGACGGCUUUUACAGGAUCAUCGCCCAGUAUAAGUUUAUCCUUGCUUUUGAGAAUGCCGUGUGUGACGACUACAUUACCGAGAAGUUAUGGAGGCCACUGAAACUGGGGGUGGUCCCUGUAUAUUACGGAUCCCCCAGCAUCGUGGACUGGCUUCCAAGUAACAAAAGUGCUAUUCUCGUAUCUGAAUUUUCUCACCCCAGAGAGCUGGCAAGUUACAUCAGACGACUGGAUUAUGAUGACAGAUUGUAUGAGCCCUACGUAGAAUGGAAGCUGAAGGGUGAGAUCUCUAACCAGAGACUUGUGACAGCUCUGAGGGAACGGAAGUGGGGUGUGCAAGACACCAACCAGGACAAUUACAUCGAUGCCUUUGAGUGUAUGGUGUGCACCAAGGUGUGGGAUAAUAUCCGGCUUCAGGAAAAGGGCUUACCACCCAAAAGGUGGAAGGCGGAGGCCACCCAUCUGAGCUGCCCGGAGCCGACAGUGUUCCCUUUCUCAGCACCCCGGGCCCCACGCGGGGGCUCUUUGCGGGAGAUGUGGAUACCAAGCUUUGAACAAUCCAAGAAAGAAGCCCGGGCACUGAGGAGGCUGGUGGAUAGGAAUCAAAAUUUCUCAGCUCAGGAGUUUUGGGCCCUAGUAUUCAAGGACUGAUUUCAAGAAAGUAUCAGAGUGACAUAGACUAGAGUCUUCUUGAGGUUUAUUUUCUGGGUUGCCUUAAUAUUCAGACAUACCAGCUAUUCUGUUGACUAUCCAUUAGGAUAAGAAUUGAUUGCUGCAGAACUCACCCCGAGCCCUAUCAAAGAACAGAUGAUGAAUUACCCUUAGGGGUCACCUCUCUAUUUUUUAUACUAAAAAAGGAAAUAUUUCUUACGGGCUCUGGUUAUCUUCUGUUUACGUGUCUGGACUCACACGCUUGCUGCCUUGUGGGGAACUUCACCUGGUUUAGAGCGAGCACUUUGCUCACACACAGGAGGCAGAGGAUCUGGCCGAGGUUCCCUGGUCCUCACUUCACUCUCAACAGCAGAUUGGUCUUUGGCAAGCCCAGUGUCCUGAUGCUGAGCACAAA